AUGCAUCAAGGACAACCAGCUACGUAUCAAGAUUGUUUUCUAAUGUCAAAAGAAUAUGGUAAUUAUAAAAAACGGUAUGCGGACGAUGUCGACAAUUAUAUUUCAUAUUGUAUUCGAAAUGAAAAGAAGCAAUCAAAUGUAUACAGACAAUGUAGUUCAUCUGGUCGAAAAUACACCUUUGAGAAACUAUACCGGGAAAAAUACCAAGAAGACUGGUUAAUGGACAAUGACAUUCCGUUUGAUGUCGUCGAUGCUUAUGGGGAAUAUUUAACUUUGCGAAGGUUCAAUGCAAACGUUUCCAAACUGAACAAAAUGCAUAAAGAUUUCGUAUGUUUAUGCCAACCGUUUGAAACCUUUGGUCGAUACUGUGAAUAUAAUUAUCCAUUUGAAAACGAUCUGGAAUUUUUGAGUUACAACGAUUUCGUUGACUGGCACAUCGCGACUCGCACUGAACUUGCAUCCAAUGGGCAUCCAGUACCUUGUUAUACUCUUCAUGGAUUAGCGUGUUCGAAAAAGUGCCUUGAUUGGCGGGAUAUUUGUGAUGGCGAAUGGGAUUGUCUGAAUGGUGAAGAUGAAAGACAAUGUAUUCAACUGGAAAUGAAUUCAUGUGAUUCGGCAAGGGAAUUUCGAUGUCGAAAUGGUUUAUGCAUUCCUCGUGCAUUUCUUUUCGACGGUGAUUUUGAUUGCAUGGAUGGAAGCGACGAAAGACGCGAGUUUAAAGACGAGUUCUGUUAUGAGUUAGCGCAAUUUGAUUGUGACGAACGAAUUUGUCCUGAUAAGACAUAUUCCUGUGGUGAUGGGCAAUGUAUUCCUUGGGAAGAUGAUAAUAUCAUUUUUAAUGAAAUAAAACGUUCGCUCAAACAUGAAAAGAAAUCAUCUGAUUGUGUCAAUAAAAAGAGUCUACGAGAAGCUAAAGUAACGUUUGAUAAACAGAAAACGAACCGUUCCCUACUAGAUAGAGUAUGCGAACAUUAUCCUUCUGAUUUUCAUCGAUGUGCUAUUUCAAAGGAAUGUAUAUCGAAUUAUCGACUGUUAGAUGGAUAUUUCGAUUGUCUGGAUGGAUCUGAUGAAGAUAUAGCAAAUUUGAAAUUACCGAUUAACGACGCAUUUUUACAAGAUCGUUACAAAUGCGAAACAGUUCAAAGCACGAUCAUGCUUCAUCUUCUCGGUGAUGGACAAACUCAUUGUCCUGAUGGAUCUGACGAAAUCAAUAUCUGGAUUAAUUGGAAAUUAGUCGAAUGUCAACGAUCAACAGAUGUAGGAUGUCAAAUACUCCGAAGAGCCUCUUUGUGGAAAAAUAAUAAGAAAGAGUUGAUGUUACCUUUUCAUAGUUUGUGCAAUUCAUUUUGGGAUAUGCCUCAUGGAUUCGAUGAAAUGUAUUGUGCCGAAAGUGAAUGGAUCUGCUCGCCACAUUGGAUAAAAUAUGACCGGCCGGACACACCUCUUUGGAAUGGCAAUUGCAUACCGAAAUCAGCUCGAUGCGACGGUGAGUGGGAUCAUCCAGAUGGUCAAGAUGAACGGAAUUGUCUACUAGAGAAUAUGCCCGGAAGAUAUGUUCCUUCACAAGCAUUCGAUUGGCCAUGUCAAAGUGUAAGAACUGGAGAGAAAAUUAAUAUUUUCGUCAACAGCAAGCUUCUUGGUGACGGAAGAGUUGAUUGUAUCGGUGGACAGGAUGAAAGAUAUACGAUUGAUUGUCAAGAUGAUCUGCAAAUUCAAGAUCGAUUUCGUUGCACAGAUGGAAUUUGUAUACCGCAAAGAUUUAUUUGUGAGUAUCGUAAACACAAACGAGAUUACGAUGGAAUAUUUCUUAUAGGUGACGGAAUACGUCAGUGUUCGAAUGGUGAAGAUGAAUCAAACCUUUAUUGCUCACGAAAAAAUUACAGUCAGUCAUCGUUCAUACCUAUAAACGGUGAAUGCCACACUAGCGGAUUUUUUCAGUGCGCGCUUCACAACUGUCUACCUAGCAAAAAACGUUGUGAUGGCAAGAUUGAUUGCGAGAAUAAUACAAAUGACGAAAAAUCAUGCCAUGCUUCAGUGACAAAUCCGGAAAAGUAUGCAAAGGCAAUCAUGUCUGUCGAAGUUACUAGAAGAAAACGACAAGCAGUGGAUACGCACAAUAUAUGGAGAUGUCAUCACGGCCUCUACGUUAACGAGGGACCAGAAAGUCUUAAGGUUGGACGAUGUUUCUGUCCGCCGAGCGCUUUUGGUGAUCAUUGUGAAUUCUAUACACAUCAUAUCACUGUUGUGUUUACAUUAGACAUGACACUGGAUUUAUCGAAAGUGAACAAAACAGAAGUGCGAGUUGUAACUCUUCUUAAAUAUCGCGAAAAAAUAAUUGACUUCAUGAUCUUAUCUUACAAUCCAACUCAGUUACCAUUGAAGGUCAAACAACGGUUCUAUCUGUUCUAUCCAUGGUCGUUAUUAAAAACCAUUCGAGAAGCGUCUCCAAAAGAUUAUACAAUUACCUUUCAUCUCUAUAAGGUUGCUCAAGAGAAAAUCAAUCUUCUCUCUGUCUGGCAUUAUCCAGUGAAGUUUCCAUUUCUACCUGCCUUCCGUUUGACAGUUCAGCUAGUAUAUCAUCGUUCUACGACAUGUUCAACACAGAUUACACAAUCAUGUGGAUCGCAUAGUAAAGGAUGUCUUAUGAUAGAUGAAGCAACGUCUCACUGCGAAUGUCAAGGACCUUGGUAUGGAUCCCAAUGUUCUGAACGACCCACACAUAAUCCAUGCGCUAACUAUAGUCUUUACUUUCCAGCUUAUCGUUAUGGUCUCAAUCAAACUGAUGGUUUUCUGUGUGUUUGUACCGGUAUACAAAGAGGACGUACAUGCCAUAUUUACGCUACAUCAAACGAAGACUCAAUUAUCUAUAACAAUCGCACAUGCUACCUUCUAUCAGAAGACAAUUAUGAAAGUGAUUCAUAUAAAGAAUACUGCAUAUGUCCAGCAAAUUUAUAUGGUAGUUAUUGUCAAUUGCGUGCAGCUUCAUCCAAAGUUCGUAUCUCUGAUGCGGUUGUGAGCAAAUCUUCGAUAGCUAUAUUGCAAUUAAAUGAUUGGGAGGAUGUUUCUGGUCAAAUGACUAUUUCUACACAAAGGUUUCUUAUUAUUCAAAACAAUACAGUGCAGAUCUUUUUCUCGAAUGCAAUAUUCCCUAAUACAUGCCUAUUGAAAGUUUAUCGAAAUAAUCAUCUAAGAAUGUACGAUAUAUUCUUAGUGUGGAAGACAAGCAUCGUCAAACAUAACUAUGCUGUUACUAUGGAUAAUCGAUGUUAUCAUAUUCAAGAAUUGAAAAAUUUCAUUUCGAUUAACAACGAAAGUGAUCAAUCUUUGAGAGAUCAUAUGCACAGAUUGAAAUUCUAUCAUCGACCUUGUCAACACUCGAAUGUAUCGUGUUUCUAUGAUGAACAAACUUAUUUCUGCGUAUGCGAUCAAACAUCUCGUAGAGCAUCUUGCGCAUUGUACAAUUUCUUCUUCGAACAUUGUGAUUAUUGUUUAAACGAUGGUAUAUGCUUGUUCGGUGAUAGAAUAAAUGAUUACAAUGAUUUUAUUUGUCGAUGUCCUCGAUGUUAUCAUGGAAGUUUAUGUCAUUAUCGCACAGCUCAAUUCGGUUACUCUUUGGAAGCAUUACUUGCCUCUCAUGACGACAGUGAUCAACAACAAGAUGGAUAUUCAGAAAGUAAUCAAUUUGCUUCUUGGAAAGUGAUCUAUUUGUCCAUAGCUCUUCUGAUGACGAUCAUUGGUUUCGUCAGUAAUUUCUGUUCCUACAAAACAUUUCGUCAUUCGACAGUUGCUCGUUCGUCUAUCAUCUAUAUUUUCGUGAGCAUUUGUGUAUCCAAUCAAUUAUGUCUCGUUAGUCUUACCGCACAGAUCAUUUAUAUUCUACUAAAUGACGCUCGUGUGAUCAGUGGAAGUAGUAUGAUCAAUUUAAUUCUUUGCAAAACGAUACCAUAUGCUGUUAAGACAUUAACUUAUGUCAGCAAAUGGUCAAUUGCAUAUGUUAGUCUAACACGUCUUCAGAAGACAACAGUGAAAGAAUCCGUUUCAACUGCGAAACAGAUGUUGUUAUACAUGGUGUGCAUGAUUCUAGUCGUCAGUAGUACAAUGACAGAAAUAAUGUUUCAUCGAUUGGUCGAGAUCAACCAGUCAAUGGUACAAUGUGCAGUUAAUUAUUCGAUGUUUUGGAGUCGUAUGGACACGAUUCUACUUUUUGUUCAUCACUUAGUACCAUUUGCGAUCUAUGUUUGGUCGUUUUGCAUGACUCUUCGAUCGGUAGCACAAAGUAAAUCAUCGGUUCACAAACAGUCAUUUCUGGUUACAUUCUGCGAACAAAUACAACAAUGCAAAGAUCAAUUGAUUUGUCCGUUCGUACUGAUCGCUUCGACCUUACCACAACUCAUCAUUGUCUUCGCUGUCGAUUGCGAUCAAUGGUACAACAUGUGGCUUCGAUAUCUUAUACUUGUCAUGUAUCUCAUCGCGCAUAUUCCUGAAGUCUUAACAUUUUUUCUGUUUAUUUAUCCGUCAACUGUGUACAAAAAUGCUUUUCGACAGACAAGCAUUGGUAAACGAUUAUGUCUUAUAUUGAAAUAG